ACUAUAUAUACCCACACACCCUGGCACGGAGAGGCAGAGCUGGGAUUGAAAUUUGAUUUCUGAAUCUGAAUCUGAAUUCGAUCUAGCGUGUGACGCCAGCUCCUCUGUAGGAUCCAACUCUUCCCCCCCUAUCCUUCUCUCUCCUCAUUUUCGUAAAAGAUCCAAAAAUGGGGCUUACUUUCACCAAGCUUUUCAGCCGGCUAUUUGCCAAGAAAGAGAUGCGUAUUCUUAUGGUUGGUCUGGAUGCUGCUGGUAAAACCACAAUUCUGUAUAAGCUGAAGCUUGGGGAAAUCGUUACCACCAUCCCUACCAUUGGAUUUAAUGUUGAAACCGUGGAAUAUAAAAAUAUUAGCUUCACCGUUUGGGAUGUUGGUGGUCAGGAUAAGAUUCGCCCUUUGUGGAGACACUACUUCCAAAACACACAGGGACUUAUCUUUGUGAUUGAUAGCAAUGACCGAGACCGUGUCGUUGAGGCUAGAGAUGAGCUACACAGAAUGUUGAAUGAGGAUGAGUUAAGGGAUGCCGUGUUGCUCGUGUUUGCAAACAAGCAAGAUCUUCCUAAUGCAAUGAAUGCUGCUGAAAUCACUGACAAACUCGGCCUGCAUUCUCUCCGGCAACGCCAUUGGUAUAUCCAGAGCACAUGUGCCACUUCCGGAGAAGGAUUGUACGAGGGACUGGAUUGGCUCUCAAACAACAUUGCUAACAAGGCUUAGAGGACGGCAGCUUGGUCUGUACUCUUCUUUUUUUCCUUUUUUUUUUUUUUUUUUCCUACUUCUGUCGAAAUUGUUGUGGCAAGAAAACAGGGUUCGCUUGCUGGUUUGAUUAUUUUGUUAUCCUUUAAUAUGUACUCUAGAAGUUCAAAUUAAUCUGUUGGCGUUUGCUUUGCACGAUGCAUGGUAACCGAUCAAAUAUUCAAAUUCUGUUCAGUUGGUGACA